ACACUUGUGUGACGUAGGUUAUACCUCACACAAGACUCUGACGGUGUUGUGUGACACGUGACGCCUCCGGUUCUCUAACCCGAACAGUGUAUGGUAAUGCAAAGUAAUCAAAGCUAGCGUAAUGCCGGAUCUACUUUACGGCACCGUGGCGGCGGGAUCUCAGUGUAAAAGGGGCUAACGUGUCGUCUCCUUACCCUCCCCCCCCCCCCCCCCCCACACACACACACAGCCUUCCACCCCAUGGUGAACCUGCAGUGCUCCCAGGAGCUGCGGAUGUUCCUGUGUGCGCUGUACGCGCCGGUGUGCACCGAGUACGGCCGCGUCACCCUGCCCUGCCGCCGCCUCUGCCUGCAGGCGCGCAGCGACUGCUACCGCCUCAUGGACAUGUUCGGGGUCAGCUGGCCCCACGAGAUGGACUGCGACAGGUUCCCCGACUGCGACGAGGCCUACCCCCGCGCGGCCGACCUCCUGUCCAGCGCCGCCGACGCCCCCAGCGCCGAGUCGCCCGGUGCCGUGCAGCGCGACUACGGCUUCUGGUGCCCGCGCGAGCUCAAGAUGGACCCCGACCUGGGCUACUCCUUCAUGGGCGUGCGCGACUGCUCGCCGCCCUGCCCCAACAUGUACUUCGGGCGCGAGGAGCUGGCGCUGGCCCGCUACUUCAUCGGCGUGGUGUCCAUCGUGUGCCUGUCGGCCACGCUCUUCACCUUCCUCACCUUCCUCAUCGACGUGUCGCGCUUCCGCUACCCCGAGCGGCCCAUCAUCUUCUACGCCGUGUGCUACAUGAUGGUGUCGCUGGCCUUCUUCCUGGGCUUCCUGCUGGACGACCGCGUGGCCUGUAACGCCGCCGCCCCCGGGCGCUUCAGGGCCGCCACCGUCACCCAGGGCUCCCACAACAAGGUGUGUGUGUGUGUGUGUGUGUGUGUGUGUGUGUGUGUGUGUGUGUGUGUGUGUGUGUGUGUGUGUGUGUGUGUGUGUGUGUGUGUGUGUGCGCGCGCGCGCGCCCCCCCCCAGGUGGAGCAGAGCAGCCGUCCUGACCUGGUCCUCUUCCUCGUCAAGUACCUGAUGAUGCUGAUCGUGGGCAUCCCCUCCGUCUUCUGGGUGGGCAGCAAGAAGACCUGCUUCGAGUGGGCCGGCUUCUUCCACGGCAAGAGACGCAAGGAGAUGGUGCACAAGAGCCACCAAGCCCUGGGGUGCCCCGAGCCCGACUUCGCCCAGCUGCUGCUGAGGGAGCCCAGUGGGCCCGUGGUGAGGAAGUCCUGCGGCACCUCCACCCAGGGCACCUCCACCCACGCCUCCUCCACCCACCUGGCCAUGCUGGACCAGCCGGCCAGCGGCAGCACCAGCCGGGCCGGCUCCAUGCGCAGCGGGCCGUCCAAGAGCAGCGGCAGCAGCUACCACGGCAGCCUGCACCGCAACCGGGACGACAGGUUCACCGCCUCCAGCUUCCGAGCCGUGGAGGAGUUCCCGCCGUACGGAAGCCUGCCUCGGCUCAAGGACCAAUCGCAGUCGAGACUAUGCAGCAACAACCGCCUGGACAGCCCAUCACGGCACGGCUCCACCCAGCGGCUGGAGAGCCAAUCGCGGCACAGCAGCGUGAGAGACCUCAGCGUCGCUCCGCAGGCGGUCCACAGCGUUCCCGGACACGGGAUCCACAUGGUGCUGGAGGAAGACGGUCCCAGAGCCUGAGAGACCAAAGCUUUCACACUUGUAUCCGACAUGAAAGGUGGCCAUCUUUUUUUCCUGCUUUAGAAAAAGAAAGGUGGAACUUGACCUGAUCACAUGAGUGACACUGGAUUGCUUCAGAGCUUUAUGGACACUAGUUGGCCAUUUGCUGUGGUUAACUGUUGGCUAAUGCUAGCCGAAAUGCUCCAUUCAGACUUAAAGGGAGCUGUUUGUUUAUAGUGCUGUCAAGUCACGUUGAGUGGAAUCUGGAUGGCAUCGUCGGUGCUGCUAGAUUCUGCGUACAAAUGACAGGUGGGCGGAGCUACGGCCAGCCAAUCAACGUUCUAUAUUUAAGAUGCCUCAAAAAGGCUCCUCAGGUACAGCCAAUCACAAGCAGUGUAUCGAUUCCCUCCAAACACCGCGAGCAUCAAGAUCGUCAUGGUGGCCUCCAGAGGAACUAUAUAAUCGUUAUGUCAUGUUAUGUCUGAAACCUGCUGAGGAUGUGGAUGUGAAAUACAUUCAACCGACGAUAGUUAAAGAGAAUGAACGUCCGGAACUACACUAUGGAGGACUAUACUAUACUAGGAAGACUUUUACUGCUCCGUUUCCUUUUUCUGUAGUAAAAUCAAGGACUUGAUAUAGUAGACUAUACAUGCUACUGCUGAAAUAUUUGUGGACAUCAAGGACUUGAUAUAGUAAACUAUAAAUGCAACUACUGAAAUAUUGUGUGAAUCAAGGAUGCUGCUUUCCAGGAUUGUUAGGUCUUUUUAUUUGACUGUGAAUAUGAACACUGAUAAUAUGGAAAUACAGUGGGGUUUUAUGACAUACCCUCUCCUUUGUCUUCUGACUGUGACAUUAUCGGUACACCGUUGAUCACUGGAGCGAAAAACUGCUGAUCUGAAACGUAAGGACGGGUCAUGGCCUUUCUUCAGCUUGUGAAGGUGCCCCCCUGGAAUGGAUUCUGGGAAAUGCCCGAAAAUGUGAACGUAUAUUUGUGAUGAAGUUGAUCACAACCAUGUCAUUGAAACUAUAGCGUAAUAAAACAAAGGUCCCAGACUACCCUAACAUACACUCGGUAAUGUUUCGACCUUUAUGAACUUUCAGGUUAACCUGACCGGUAAAAGGGAAAUGCCAAACAGAGAGAGAAAUUACCUAAACAUUAAAUAUGGGUUUCAGGUAAUAUCUUGUUCAAUCUUUUUUUUUACGCUAUUUAAAUGUAAUGGCUUUUGAUCACUGCGGUUAAGACGUACAUAAAUGCUUUUUGGAACACCUCUACAAAUACAAUGGUUGUUUGAUUGAGUCAAAAUUAUGUCAUCACAAAACUGUUCGAAUGGAUUGGGCUCGUCCGCCAUUUUGGAUCCAAGGACUGAACUAUGUGAUGAUGAAUGCCAACCUGCUGCCUUACAGCUCGAAUAUGAUAAACAAUAGUAUAAUUCAACUAGUGUAGAAUUUGCCAAUAGUUUUGUUCGGGUCACAAGAGUUUUGUUUCUUUCAUGGAUUAAAGUUUGCCUAAACAGGUCUUGUGGGCUAUGUAUAGAUAAAAAUGAAACCUUUGUGGAAGCUGUAAUAAAGAUUUUUUUCAAGAGUUCAGAA